AUGCCCCGCGACCGCAUCCCUACCCACUACACCAACCGCUUCAAAGCGCGCGCCGUUGAAGACUGGCGUGCUGGACGCGCUAGCGGCACGAGCCGCAGAGCGUUUGUCGAGUCAAGUGGCUUCCCCCGCCCUUCGCUGCAGAACUGGGAGCGCAAGUACUCCCGCCUGACCCAAGAGUCCCAGCGUCAGCCUCGAGCCAGCCCCUACCUCCCUCCUGUUCCCUCCCGUGAUUCCCGCCUCACGCUCAGAGGCAGCGGCCGCAAGCCAGACACGGCUCCGAUCGAGGACACAUUGUGCGUGUUUGUCAAGGAUGAGCGGCGGCUGAGCACAUCGUAA